AUGCUGCCACACCGCGUCCCUGUGGCCGCGUCCAGGCGGUUGCGCGCGCCGGCGCGCCAGAAUAUCAUGUACUACUUGCUUUGCUUCCUAGGCGUGGUAACGGUGGUGCAGAUGCUGCGGUUCCUAUACGGCAAGUGUGAUACGCGCGUCCACAUGUCAUCGCUGCUGACCAAAACGACACGUAUUCUCAAACGCAACAACGUCGAGUACUGGCUGGACAAGGGCACGCUGCUGGGCGUGCACCGAGACGAUGGCCUCAUUCCCUGGGAAUACGAUGUGGACCUGGGCGUUAUGAACACCACGUGCGCUGAAAUCUCGGCUCUGAAAAGCGAAUUCGAGACCGUUGGACUCACGGCUUAUGACCGCGAAGACGACAUCCCGCACAAGGUUAAACUCACAUACGACACGGAGAACCACGAGUUCUACUGGUCGGACCCGAGGCUGCACGAUCCGUGCAUCCGUGUGUACGACACGGCGGACAUUGGCACGUGGGUGGAUAUUUACUGGUACGUGGAAUUGACGCACGAAGAGGUGGCUGCAGACCGCGAAAAUAUACUGGUGCCACCGGGCUACGACGAGGAAGAUAGUCUCGUAUGCUGCUCAGAAGGCCUGCAAGCGCAUACGGAGCACAUGUGCUGUGGAGGUUGUGUACCGCGCAAUUCGCUCUUCCCGCUGCAACGUAAGAACGUGAACGUCCACGACGGUGUCGACCCUGUGCAGGAGCAGCCCGUGCCGGCUAAAGUAGCGCAACUCCUGUCGAUUCAGUACGGUGAGAGCGCACUGACAAGCCCCGAGAUCAAGGGUUGGAAGGGUGUGGUGUGCGGCUUCUGGACCAGUCCGCUGCUAUUUAUGGUGCAUCUGGCCCUGCUCAACGGUGUGCUGGUGGCGCUGGUGAUCUACUACCGGCGCCGAUGCUCCACAGGCAGCUCUAAGCGGCGAAAACUCUAG